AUGAACACGCACGACCCCGCACCCACCGCGGCUGGGGCAGCGUCAACGUCGGAUGCAUCCUCGACCCAGCCGCACGGCUACUACUACGACAACCUCGACGAUCCAUACGCCGGCGCCUUCUGGUCGCACUUUGGCCAGCCGCACCACCUCGCUGCACGCCAUGUGCCCCUCGACUCGUCGCCCGCCGCCACGAUGAAGGCGUAUCGCGAGUACCGCGACCGCGUGCGCAAGCCCGUGCUCGCGACUUACACCAUCCUCGGCUUCCUCAGCUCCGGCACGUACGGACGCGUCUACAAGGCGCGUCUGCGCAGUGCCCCGCAGCUGCCUCCGACCAGCGGCUCGGCGGCCGCAGGACUCGCUACGCCGACUGCGUCCGGCGCUGCCAAUGUGGCCACAGCGGCGGCCAAGAAACGAGGCGGACUGCUGCAGCAGCAUCAGCUGCUCGAUUCGCCCAGCGCAGCGUCGUCGCUUCACGGCACGCCCAAGUCGGUCAUUGAUUCGACCGUGCCUGCCAAUGCUACGCCGGGACGCACUCGGACCGACUCGCCUGGCGUGGGAGCCGCCGCUGCCGCCGCCACGGCGGGAGCGACAAACGCCCGAACAGCCGACAACUUGUCGGCCACAAGUGCGCUCGGCGGCGGCGACGGCCAGAUCUUUGCGAUCAAAAAAUUCAAGCCAGACACCAAGGAGACCGACGCCUCGGUCUACACGGGCAUCUCGCAGAGUGCCAUGCGCGAGAUCUCGCUCAACCGCGAACUGAGCCACGUCAACAUUGUGACGCUGCGCCAAGUGAUGCUCGAAGACAAGGCGAUCUACAUGGUCUUCGAGUAUGCCGAGCACGAUCUGCUGCAGAUCAUCCACUACCACUCCACCGCGCUGCGCACCCCGAUCCCCACGGCUGUGCUCAAGAGUCUCAUGUGGCAGCUGGUCAACGGCGUGGCGUACCUGCACGCCAACUGGAUCCUGCACCGCGACCUGAAGCCGGCCAACAUUCUGGUCACCUCCAACGGCGUGGUGAAGAUCGGCGAUCUCGGUUUGGCCAGGCUCUACUCGUCGCCGCUGCAGAGCCUGUACAAUGGCGACAAGGUGGUGGUGACCAUCUGGUACCGUGCGCCCGAGCUGCUCCUUGGCGCACGCCACUACACGACGGCGAUCGACAUGUGGAGUGUGGGAUGUAUUUGGGGCGAACUGCUGGCGCUGCGACCGAUGUUCAAGGGUGAAGAGGCCAAGAUGGAUCCCAAGACCAAGGCGGCUCCGUUUCAGACGGACCAGCUUAAGCGCAUCGUCGAGGUGCUGGGGACGCCCAACAAGGAGCGGUGGCCAGCCAUCGAGAGCAUGCCCGACUACAAGGGCUGGUGGCCACAUCUGAGGCUCGACAACUAUCCCAAGACGCUCUCGCGCUGGUACACCUCGAGACACAAGAGCGAGGAUGGCUACGACCUCUUUGAUGAUCUCUUGCAGUACGAUCCGGAGCAGCGUCUGACGGCCAAUCAGGCGCUUGCGCAUGGCUGGUUCGCACACGAACCGCAAAUUACGCUCAACGCCUUUGCCAGCCUCGCCAAACCCGUGGGCACGUACCCAAACCGACGCGUGAUCCACGACGAUCUGGAUCCCAAGAUGAAGAGCAACUAUCAACCGCCCAUCGACGCGCAUCAUUUGCCGGCAGUUCAGCAGGCCAAUUUGAACAGCGCGCAUCCCAUUCGACUUGCCCAGCUGCUACACCGUCAGCAGCAUCUGUCGCAGCAGGGCUCGGUGGGCGAUGCGGGAAAGGCCUCGGUAGGGUCGACUGGACCAGCUGCUCCUCCCGCAUUGGGCACGGUGGGCAUGCAAACUUCGGCGCCAAGUACCGCGCCCUCUUUACAGCCCAAUCCUCCGCUCAUCACGAUUGCACAUCCGCCAUCGUCGACGCCGACGGUGAGGAGUACGCAUAGCUUGCAGAGCGGGACGGACGAUUCGCCACCGGCUAGUUCGGCUAGAAGUACGCUCGUUGCUACCGCCACGCGCAACAACCAGCGCAAGCGUCAGCGGAUCUAA